AUGGCCGCCGUCAGCCCCUUCACCCAUCCUGGCCCUACAAACGCCUUCAACAUGGCCGUGUCUGACCCACAGCCCGCCCCAACGACCCGCAAGCGCUCCCGUAGCAUGAUAUUCGAGGAAGAGCAGAAUUCUGAAGUCCAAUGCGGCAGCAGAACGGACGGCGAGAGCGGCAACACCCCGCAGGACAGUCCUGGCACAGAAGGCCUGAAGCGCACACGGACGACAAGUGAGCUGGACGCGUUGGGUGUGAUACCGGCCAGCGAGGCAUGGCAGCUGCAGAGCGUAGCAACCGAUCUGCUCACUAGCGCCGACGCCACAGCACCCAAUGCCCUACGACACUACGUAGCCGGCCGCUCGCUGAUCGUGCUCUGCGUGCUCGAGCACGUAGACAUCCACUACCGACUACUCUGCGCCGCUCUCCCCGCCCUACACGCCCGCUUCCCAACCGUACAACCCCUCCUACUGACCCGCUCGCCUUCAUACGCCCUCCCGCACCUCUCUCCCACCCCGCCGCCUUUCCCCACCCUCCCAGCGCAAGGCCACCCCCACAACCACUACCUCAAACUGGGCCUGCUGCACCCGCUCGGCGGCGGACAGGCCGCCAUGGACGCCUUGGUCGUGCUCGACCCGCGCGGCCGCCGGCGGCUGGUGCUGCCGUUCGGGUGGGGCGCGGGCCGGCACGUCGGCGAGGCAGUGGGCGGGUGCGAGGUGCAGGAGAGGCUGAUGGCGGUGUUGAGCGAGGCGUUGCGGGAGUUGGAGGGCGAGGAGGCGAGUUGA